AUGACCAUACCACUUCAUCCUGAACACUACUUGCUCCAUAUAUUCCCUGAGACCAACCCGACGAAGUAUCCAACUACCACAACUGUCCUAAACAUAUUAACAACUGCCAAAAUUGCGAUAGCAUCACAGUGGAAAAGCGAGACACCUCCAACUUCAGAGGAAGUAGCAAAAAGGGUGGAUAGCAUAUGCCUUCACGAGAAGAUGGCACUCAAAAUGCACGGAACACCUAAGAAACACAUUACCCGAUGGGGCGGAUGGCUAAGCAUCCGAGCGGGGGAGGGGAAAGAAGGGUAAGGAAAUACAUAAAGGAGAUCCAAGGUCAAGGAGAUAGAACGAAGGAGGAGGGACCACGGGACAUGGGGACCAAAAGGACAUGUAGCGGAAACAAAAGCCGAGUGGACAAUGCGCAAAGCCCAGGCCAAGUAG